ACCACGUGUUGGAGGGCAGACGGAGGAGAAGAGGUCCAGAACUGCGCUUUCUUCUGCUCCAUCAGCCUCUCAAGUCUGUGGCUCCGCGUCGAGCCCUGAAUUGAUGGCUUCGCUUGCGUUUUUAUUGCCUUCUCGCACUUCCCGGAACAGCCGUGAAAUGUUAUCUCUGUAGUUCUGAGCCGCGCUGAUGAUGUAUGCUCGUACAAUUUGGCUGGAAGCUGAGAGAUGAUGAUGAGGGUGAUGAUGACGAUGAUGAUGUUGGUGGUGAAGGAGAAAGUGCUCUCGCUGUGAGGACUGUUGGACUAGUUGCAUUUCGCUUGUGCUAAGACUCUACGCGACAGGACGACCGUUAGGAAAACAGACAGAAGAUCUGAUGGAGUGAUUUCUGAGAGACUACAGACGAAUCUGAGUGCUUAAAGUUGCACUCUCCACUUCCUCGAUUGGUGGGCAUGGUCCAAACAGGAGCGUGUUAUGACAGACAUGUCUGAGGAGAAAAUGAAUUGUACCAUCGAAAACCAGAUACACCAGUACCUUUUCCCCAGCACUUACAUCCUGGUCCUGCUGGUGGGUCUUCCAGCUAAUGCAUACUCACUGUACCAUGCCUGGCUGCAGCUGAGGGCCCGCAACGAGCUGGGCAUCUACCUCUUCAACCUGACUGUGUCUGACCUGCUGUACCUGGCCUCACUGCCCUUCUGGCUACAGUAUUUCUUUCAGGGCGACAACUGGCAGUAUGGCGAGUUGGCGUGCAAGAUGUUUGGCUUCUUACUCUAUGAGAACAUCUACAUCAGCAUCGGCUUCCUCUGCUGCAUCUCCAUUGACCGCUACCUGGCUGUGGUUUACCCACUGCGCUUCACAUCCCUCCGCACCAUGAAAGCGGCAAUGUUGAUCAGUGCUGUGGUGUGGCUCAAAGAACUGUGCAUGAGCGUGGUUUUCUUCUCCCAUAAUGAACUGAGUACAGACAUGUUGAACCAUUCUGUGUGCUUUGAGCACUACCCUAUGAAGACCUGGGAAUGGUCGGUCAACUACUAUCGUUUCUUUGUGGGCUUCCUGUUCCCUCUGGGGAUCUUGUCCUUGUCAUACUUCAGAGUGCUGCGGGCGGUGGGCAAGAGUGCUGGGACACAGACGGCUCAGAAGACCCGAAUCAAGAACUUGGUGACCAGCACCAUCAUCAUCUUCCUGGUGUGCUUCUCGCCGUAUCAUGUUUUCUUACUGGUGCGGACAGCCUUAGAGCGGGAAUGCUCCUUCACUCAGAAAAUAUUCAACUCCUACCACUUCUCUCUGCUGCUCACCAGCUUGAACUGUGUGGCCGACCCAAUGCUCUACUGCUUUGUAAGCGAAAGUGCCCAGCGCAGCAUCCAACAGGUCGCGGAGGCCUGCGGCCACGCCCUCUGUUGCUGUAAAUGCGACGGCAGCUACAGCACAGACUCUAAUGAAGCUGCGGCACCCAUUGACAAUGCUGUAGGAACCUCAGUGGUGACGCUGUUGCACCAGACCAAAACUGAAAUCUGAAUACCUGUGGUUUCUCAUAAGAAUUUCCAUCGAACCGCAGGGGUGCAAGAGGAAAUGUCAGGCCAAAGGUGUUUGUAUGGGUUAUUAUGUGAUGAACACAAGUGUUAUACCUUACUAAUGCUUUGUAUAUGCGUAUAUGCUCCUCUUUAUUCCAAAACUGAGUUAAACAAUUAUUGAUUUUGUAGUGUAUGCAGUGUAACUCUCAGGGACUGCUGUCGUGACAAUUACUGAUGGUUGACAUUUGAGGUUUGAGGCAGGAACUGGCCUUUGCUCCAGCAUUUCUUUUUCUUAAGCAGAUUUCCAAAAACAUUUCCACGACUAAAACCAUCACUGAGCUUGAAGGCAGAAAUAUAUACUUCUUUCAUAUAAGUAUACAUCAUACAAAGUAUAGACUUCUCAUGUAUGGAACUGACAUAAACUAUAGAUACAAGAAGAGCUAGCCCUGGAGGCGGAUUAGAAACAUUUAUGCAGCAUACUGAGUGAAAAUACUUUGAGGAACGUAUACAGGAUGGAACCCAUACAUGAAGGGGAACUCCUCAUUAUGGAUAACACAUGUGAACAAAGAACUUGAAAGGCAGUCACUUAAAGAAGACAGUCACAAGAAAUCCUGGAAGUUCCAUCUGCCAGAACAGAGGGAAUGAACUGAGGUCCUUGAGGCACAAUGCAGCUAUCAAGCUUGGUGGUGGUGUGUUAGUGAUGUGUGUGUGUGUGUAUAAUGUAUGUGGUCUUUCAGAUCAGCAAAAAGAUGAACGAAGUAAAAAAAAUCACAGCAAAAUGACAUUUUCUUUGCUAUUUUCUCAUUUGCACUAUGUUUACAAUAGAGUACAUAGUACAUGUUCUUCAUGCAUGUUUUGAACUGUAUACAUGAUAUUCAGAAUAUGUGUAUUUUCAUACAUUCAUAUCAUGGUUGAUGUUCAGAGUUACUGGGUCUGUCUCUCAAAGCAUAGCUAACUAGGUCAGGUUUCCUGAUCAGACUUUUAGCUUGAGCUGUCUGGCAGCAUCCAUAACACUUGUACUAACAAGUUCCGUCAGCACAAAGAAAAGUUUAGACGUACACAGAGAAGUAUAUUUGAAACAUUUAAAACAUAAACGGCCUCUACAAGCCAGACAUACAUUUUUGAGAAGUGAAGUCAUUUAGUCUCGUAGUUAAAGAGGAGGAUAAGCUAAAGUUACACAACGUUUUUAUAGUGCAUUAAUUUACAGCAUACAAGAAAUAGUCUAAUCAUGUUUCAUAGGAAAGCAAAUGUAGCAUUAGCAGUCGUUUUUUUAAUGCAGCCUAAAUUUGACCAUUUCUACCUGAGUGAGGAGUUGAACCCCAGCCUGGUUGUCUUUUAAGAUAACUUGAAUGCAACAAUACAAUGAAUGGCAUAAUAUUCAUUUUACACACAAGUGUGCACAGUCCAGUUUAAUCUGACUGAUUUAUCAAGUUAACUGUUAGCAGCUAACUAGUUAACCAUGGAUAACUGAUUAUUCUGUAUUAUUUAUCAUUAUACAUCAUUAAAACACCUUCCUAUCAUUCUUAAUCUAAUUCAGACUAAUUUACUGCCAGCAUCGUUCUCACUUCAGGUUUAUUUUGAGGAGUUCUGCAGAAGUGUUUCCCUCACAUGAUGGAGUUUAGAAUGUUUAGAAAUACUCAUGACUGGCUGAGAAGUGUGUCAGGGAAAAGUGUCCACCUCCACUAGACGGAAAGCUCCGAUUGGCAAGAAGUACGGCUCUGAUUUGUCCCAGAGCUGUUUACAUUCCAUAACCAAAAUUUUUGCUGCCUUCAAGUAAUGCUGGAAAUAUAUAUCAUAUUUGCAAGAUGAGCACAUAGGAAAGCCACCACAGUGUUGUAACGACUCGUGGGAAACUGGGAUUUUUCAGUGAGCUCAGACCUUCUGAGUUGUGGGCGUCAACAAAAAAAGCAAUAGAAAUCUACAUGUGAAAAAACAGAUAAGAGGACAUGCUGUAAGAUGUUUCUAACUGGAUAACAGCAUUACUCAACUACUCAUCUCAUUGUGCAUCCUGUGGUAUAUAUUUUGUUGCAGUAAUGCAAAAUAACCUGUGAUAACAGAAAAACAAAAGUAAACAAAAAUACAUGAUUUAUAAUGGUCUUUAAGAGGUCCACAUAGCCUCAAACUUCAAGAUCUGUUAACAAAGAGCUUGAGUUGUACAGUUAUUAAUGGUAGUUCAAACUAUCCACAUAAUGGAUUAUGAAGCUUUCUUCUAGAGGCAUUAUCAGUGUUUGAUCAGUGGGCUUUCCAACGUGUUUGUAACAGGCCGGCGUUUCAGACACAAACUCUAGAGUGCACACACAAAACCAAAGAAGCUGGUGGAAGCCAAGCAAACUGACCAGUAGCAUAUUUAUACAGUCCAAGGACAAAACAACAGGGACUCAAAGCUCCCCACCCCCCCCACUCUCCUUCCAGGGUUGCCGGUUGAGACAUAUUCAGGGUUAAAUUGAACCAAAGUUUAAAGUCAGCCAACUAAGCAAAAAGUUGUGUUGUAUGAGACAGGCCCUGGUACACUGUUUCUGUUUAUAUUCUAUGUUUAUUGAUAUGAAGCACUACUUUCCCGGUGUGCCUGUUAAUCUAUAAAUUUAGUUUUGCAAUUUGAAAUUCAGUAAUGUGGGCCAAG